GGCGGGCGGUGCGGGCGGCGGAGGCGCACACGGGGCGAUGCUGCGGGCGUGGCGGCGGGCGGGCGGCGCGGUGGCCGCGCAGAGUUGCCGGUGUGGGAGAGCAUCGCUGCGUCCGUCACGAGUGAGCCGUGGAUAUGCGACCACGUCGGGAGAGUCGGGUGUUUCUGUAGGCAAAAUUAUUGGUGCCGGUGUCUUGUUUGUGGGUGGAGGAGUAGGGGGAACCGUCCUGUACGCCAGCUAUGACACGCAGUUCCGGGAGAACGUAGAGAAAGCCAUCCCCUACUCGGAUAAGCUCUUUGAGAUGGCACUUGGUCCCGCACCUUACAGUGCACCGAUGCCAAAGAAACCGAUACAGCAAGGUCCCCUGAAGAUCUCCUCUGUAGCAGAAGUCAUGAAAGAAUCGAAGCAGCCCGUUACCAAAUCCCCGAUAAGCAAACCAGAAGCUGCUCCUCCUGCAGAGGAAAAAGAAGCAGGCACAGCUGCAGCACAGAUCAUCUCUGCAACAGGCGUAGCCGUGUCGGUGCCAGCUCCGGGGAUGCAGCCUGAAGAAGAUAAAGAACAUGAAGUUUCCCAUGCUAUAAAGGAACGGUCACCAGAAGAAGUUGCGGCCCGCCUUGCCCAGCAAGACAAGGAGGAACAAGAGAAGAUAUCGGCCCUUGCAGCAACAUUAGAAGGAGCCCUGAGCUCUACAGCUCGUGUAACUUUCCAGGCGAUUACGGCACAGGAAUCUGCUGUGCAAGCAGUGAAUGCCCACUUACAAAUACUGAAGGAGGCAAUGGACAAUUCUGAGGCUGCUGGGGAGAAAAAAUCAGCUCAGUGGCGCACUCUGGAGGAAGCGCUGAAAGAUCGGAGGAGAGCAGUGGAUGAAGCUGCUGAUGCCCUUCUGAAAGCCAAAGAAGAGUUAGAGAAGACAAAAGGUGUAAUUGAGAACGCCAAGAAGUCUCAGAUCGCAGGAGCCAAAUCUCACAUCACUGCUGCAGAAGAAAAUCUUCACCAUAUGAUCGUUGACUUGGACAACGUAGUGAAAAAGGUUCAGGCAGCACAGUCCGAGGCCAAGAUAGUAGCUCAGUAUCACGAGCUUGUGGCUACAGCUCGAGAGGAGUUUCAGCGAGAACUCGACAGCAUCACUCCGGACGUACAGCCCGGCUGGAAGGGGCUGAAGAUAACUGAUUUAGCUGGGCAGCUAUCGACGGACGACCUGAAUUCUCUCAUCGCACACGCGCACCGGCGCAUUGACCAGCUGAACAAGGAGCUGGCCGAGCAGCGGGUGAGGGAACAGCAGCACAUCGAGCUGGCCCUGGAGAAGCAGAAACUUGAAGACAAAAAGGCACUCGAGGCAGCCGUGGCCAAAGCACUGGAGCAUCACAAAAGUGAGAUUGAGAUUGAACAGGAGAAGAAGGUUGAAGAAGUCCGAGAGGUGAUGGAGAGCGAGAUGAGGACCCAGCUCCGGCGGCAGGCUGCUGCCCACACCGACCAUCUGAGAGACGUUCUUAAGAUCCAGGAACAGGAGCUGAAGUUGGAGUUUGAGCAGAACUUAUCAGAGAAGCUCAGCGAACAAGAAAUGCAAUUCAGACGCCUUACUCAGGAACAGCUUGACAACUUCACCUUGGACAUCAACACUGCCUACGCCAGACUGAAAGGAAUUGAGCAAGCAGUCGAGAGCCACGCAGUAGCAGAAGAGGAGGCCAGGAAGGCCCACCAGCUGUGGCUUUCUGUGGAAGCACUCAAGUACUGCAUGAGAACAGCCUCCGGGGACAGUCCCACAGAGCCCCUGGAGAGCGCGGUGAAGGCCAUCAAGGCCAGCUGUUCCGACAACGCCUUCACAGAAGCCUUAACAGCAGCUCUGCCCCAGGAGUCCCUGACGCGGGGAGUGUACAGCGAAGAGGCCCUCCGAGCACGCUUCUACACCGUGCAGAAACUGGCCAAAAGGGUGGCUAUGAUCGAUGAAACAAGAAACAGCUUGUACCAGUACUUCCUCUCUUACCUGCAGUCGCUUCUCAUGUUUCACCCUCAGCAGCUGAAGCCACCUGCCGAGCUCAGCCCCGACGACCUGGAUACGUUUAAGUUACUGUCAUACGCUUCCUACUGCAUCGAACACGGAGACCUGGAGCUGGCAGCCAAGUUUGUCAACCAGCUGAAGGGAGAGUCCAGGAGAGUGGCGCACGACUGGCUGACCGAAGCUCGAAUGACCCUAGAAACGAAACAGAUUGUGGAUAUCCUGACAGCGUACGCCAGCGCUGUGGGGUUAGGGACAACUCAGGUGCAGUGAGCUAGGAUUGGCACUUUGGAGGCAGUUGGGCACUUGUUGGUGCUGCAGGGAAAUCCACUGAUCUCCUGAGGGGUGCAAACCAAGCAGCUGGCGGGGGCUGGAAGCGUGAAAUCCAAGCACGGGUACUGCCCUGUUUCCUUGCACUGUAUUUAACUUUACCACCUGUUGUACUUGUAUUGGGUUAUCAUGACAAACAACUUCAGGAAGCUUCUCUACAAUUUGUGUAACAAUUUUGUUUCCCUGUCUUACCAAGCAGGCUCGUGAUCCAACCAAAAUAAUGUUUGUAACCUCCCAAUGAUUUGCCACAUUGUCAGCUGAAUAAAACCAGACUUCAACCACCUC